UUUUUCUUCGGAGAAGCACGAGUUUCUUUUUGUGGUCCCUGAUCAAUUUUAAACAGUUGAAACACCAGUGGCACUGUUAACUGCUUAAAAGGGCUCCCAGGGUUCUGUGAGGCUGCUACUAGGAUUAGGAAAGACAAAGCUGUUGGAGAAAUUAACAUUGAGCACCCUGACUAUCCAAUCAAAUGCAUCCUUGGAACUGCUCAAAAAGAUAAGGCUUGCCUAUAAAAGGACCUUUAGGUGCUAUCUGGUUGUGCGCGGGGCCUGACGGAACUGCCACGAUGCUUCCAAUCUGGACACUUUCGCUGCUGCUGGGGACAGUAGUAGGGAAAGAAAUCUGCUUCCAAAGGCUUGGCUGCUUCAGCGAUGAAGCCCCCUGGGCAGGGAUUGUGGAAAGACCCCUCAAAAUAUUGCCCUGGGGCCCCAAAGAGGUCAACACCCGCUUCCUCCUGUACACCAAUGAGAACCCCAACUCCUUUCAGGAAAUCCGUGCAGAGCCAUCAACUAUCGAGGCCUCCAAUUUCAAAACGAAUAGGAAAACCCGUUUCAUUAUUCACGGAUUCAUAGACAAGGGAGAAGAAGGCUGGCUGGCCAAUAUGUGCAAGAACAUGUUUCAGGUGGAAAGCGUGAACUGCAUUUGCGUGGAUUGGAAAAGUGGCUCCAGAACGGGCUACACACAGGCCUCACAGAACAUCCGGAUUGUGGGGGCAGAGGUGGCCUACUUUGUGGAAGUCCUUCAGUCAGCAUUUGGGUACUCGCCUUCCGAUGUCCACAUCAUCGGCCACAGCCUGGGUUCCCAUGCGGCCGGCGAGGCGGGAAGGAGGACCAAUGGGACGGUGGGACGCAUCACAGGUUUGGACCCAGCUGAACCUUGCUUUGAGGGGACACCUGAAUUAGUCCGAUUGGACCCCAGUGAUGCUCAGUUUGUGGAUGUAAUUCACACAGACGCUGCCCCCAUCAUCCCCAACAUGGGAUUUGGAAUGAGCCAAACUGCGGGACACCUGGAUUUCUUUCCGAAUGGAGGAAAAGACAUGCCCGGAUGUCAGAAGAACAUUCUCUCUCAGAUUGUUGAUAUUGAUGGGAUCUGGGAAGGCUCUCGUGACUUUGUUGCCUGUAAUCACCUGAGAAGCUACAAGUAUUACUCCGACAGCAUCCUCCACCCUGAUGGUUACACUGGCUUCCCCUGUGACUCUUACAGCUCUUUCACCUCAAACAAGUGCUUCCCCUGUCCAACUGGAGGCUGCCCACAGAUGGGACAUUAUGCUGACAGAUAUGCUGAGAAAACUAAGGGAGUAGGCCAGACAUUUUAUCUAAACACGGGCGACGCCAGCUAUUUUCCCCGUUGGAGGUAUAGGGUAACUGUUAUUCUGUCUGGAAAGAAGGUCAGAGGACACGUGCUAGUUUCUUUGUUUGGCGACAGAGGAAAUUCUAAGCAGUACGAAGUUUUCAAGGGCGUUCUCCGACCAUCCAGUAUUCAUACCAAUGAAUUUGACUCAGAUGUGGAUGUUGGAGAUUUGAAGAAUGUUAAAUUUAUUUGGUAUAACAAUGUGAUCAACCCGACUCUACCCAAAGUGGGAGCAUCCCGGGUCAUGGUGCAAAGAAAUGAUGGGAAACUGUACACUUUCUGUAGCCUAGAAACUGUGAGGGAAGAUGUUCUGCUCACUCUCACCCCAUGUGGGGAGCCUGCUGACUUCUGACCACUAAAUCUUAUUGCUAAUAAAAUCUGUUGGUGAAGCAAUACA